UUUGAGUGAACGAAUCAUUUAGUUUGUUUGUCUAAUCUAACUUUUUAUAAAUUUACGUUGCAAAUUUAUAUUAUUGGCAUAUUACAAUGAAAGUCUUGAUUGGAAUUAUUUUAUUGUGCUUUGCCUCUGUCAAUUGUGCUGUUCUUAAAGCAACAGAAACAAAUGAAGAGAUUUAUGAAAGGAUCACAAAAGAUUGUGAUGAUAGCUUUUUUGGAAGAUAUAUCGAUCCAUUCAAUUGUCAAAGUUACAAUCGUUGUUUGAUGGGUGUUUUGGUUAAAAAGGACUGUCCCGUUGGCCUUGGUUAUGAUCGUAAGAGUCAAGUGUGUAAACCGCAAGUCCAAGGAUGUACAAUAACGGGAAUUCCAAAAGAAGAAACCAAUGAAGAGAUUUUGGAAAGGUUCACAGAGGAAUGUGCAGACGGAGCGAACGCAAAGCAAAGAUUUAUCGAUCCAUUCAAUUGUCAAAGUUACUAUCGUUGUGAUGUGAGUAGGGUUUUAGUUAAGAAGGACUGUCCCGUUGGCCUUGGUUAUGAUCCUGAGAGUCAAGUGUGUAAACCGCAAGUCCAAGGAUGUUCAAUUACGGGAAUUCCAAAAGAAGAAACCAAUGAAGAGUAUAUGGAAAGGAUCACAGAGGAAUGUGAAGAUUUUAUGAACGGACAGAAAAGAUUUAUCGAUCCAUUCAAUUGUCAAAGUUACAUUCGUUGUGUGAGGAGGGUUUUAGUUAAGAAGGACUGUCCCGUUGGCCUUGGUUAUGAUCCUGAGAGUCAAGUGUGUAAACCGCAAGUCCAAGGAUGUUCAAUUACGGGAAUUCCAAAAGAAGAAACCAAAGAAGAGAUUUUGGAAAGGAUCACAGAGGAAUGUGCAGACGGAGUGAACCCAAAGAAAAAAUUUAUCGAUCCAUUCAAUCGUGAACGCUACUAUAUUUGUGCUAGUGGAGUUUUAGAUUUUAAUGACUGUGACAUAGACAUUUGUUUUGAUCCUAAACUUGAAAAGUGUACCCCGGAGGCAUGUUCAAAAAAGUAAAAAGAAAAUAACAAUAAUCUUUUUGAAAAUAAAAUCCUGUAAAAUAUUGCAGUUUUACAUUGAUU